ACGACGUACCGAAUCCAAUCAACAGCUGAGCUCGGAGGAUUUUGCGUUGCUUUCCCAAUGCCACUGAGGUUGCUUCCCCAUGCAAACGAAGGACGACUUGAGGCCGUUAUGGCCGAGAGCAGAUCCACAACGAAUGAACGACCAAACGACCAAACGAGCAAAGGAACGAAGGAACGGAGGAACAAGACCGAUUGAAGCAAGAGAGCAGCCCCGAGAGUGCAUCACAAAGUGAACACGGAGGCCUGAGAAGGAAGAGGGAGGAGGAGGAGGAGAAGGAGAAGAAGAACAAGAACAAGUCACUGUGCAGUUCCCAGCAAGUGAGCCACCAACCGACAGAGUGCGUGUGUCUCACGGCUAGGCAUGGUGAUGGAGUUUUCAAGUUUUCCAGAAUGGCUGCUCUCCUUCUAGUGCUCUGCGGCAAGUGACAAUGAGCUAUGGUCCGUGAUUGAAAUCUGGCCAUGGUUUAACGGGCGAUUUCCCCCCUCCGGAGUGUUGACAGUUAUUAGUUGAUUGAAAAUGGGCAACAAUUCUUCGUCCGGCAAUCGGCACAUUGCACCUGGCGGUAUUGGUAGUGGAGGUGGUGGUUGCAGUAGCGGUGGCGCUGGUACUGGUGGUGGUGGAGGUGGAAAAAAAAAUAUUGGCGUUUUCAGAGGCAAUGAUUUCAAAAGUUUUGAUUCCAUCGGAGAGGAAGCCAAAGAGGAGGAGACGGAGCCUCUUUCCAUGAAUAGAACCAAACAAGACGCUUCGCAAUCAUUAUGGUCCCAAUCGCCGCAUCAACAGCUGUCAACGACCGUUUCAAAGGAAGGACAAAAUGGAAUUCCCGAGCAUACCAAUGGAUCGAGCACUUCCGGAUCGCAACCCAGACCUAUGAGGCAAGGGGGUGGCACACGCAAAGGCUCAAUAGAAUCACCCACGGCAUCCAAAACGGCUCCCAUUCCAUUGAUGCUCGAAGCAAUGUCACUGGAAGGACCGCCGAUCAAAACCAAAGAAAUCCGUAAACGUGCCCUCACAUUGGGAUCGAAAGAAGCUGCACUAAAGACUUCGACUCAUAAACGCCUUGUUCCCACCGUGUUCAAAUGGAUGGUACCCUCUUUCAUGUUCGAGCCCAAAUCCGUGUGGAUCAGUGGUUCAUUCAAUAAUUGGGAAAAGGUCCUAAUGCAUGGUUCCAAAACCCAUUGGGUGAUCAUCAUAGACUUACCACAAGGAGAACAUCAGUACAAGUUCAAGGUGGACGAUAAAUGGUUCCAUAAUCAAAAAGAGCCCACAAUGCCAGACGGAAUGGGGGGUCUCAACAAUGUGAUCGUUGUCAGAAAAUCCGACUUUGAGGUAUUCGAAGCCCUGGACAUGGAUUGUCGAGAUGUGAAUGCCAAGAAGCAGUCAACCGAAUCCGAGGAAUUUGGACAAGUCGUUCCCAAUUUCUCACACGAGGUCAUGAUGAGUGGGCGGCGCUCCAACCCUCCCAUUCUUCCACCUCAAUUGCUCCAAGUGAUGUUGAAUAAGGACACACCCCUGUCCUGUGAACCCACCUUGCUUCCCUUGCCCAAUCAUGUGAUGCUCAACCAUAUGUACGCGUUGUCCAUUCGAGACAAAGUCAUGGUCAUGAGUACCACCCAACGAUUCCGGAAGAAAUACGUCACCACGGUUCUGUACAGACCCGUGAAUUGAUCAUUAUAU